AUGGAGGAACUGUCAACCAACAGUCCAGAACUGUACAGUUAUUUUACCCAGAUUGACAAGGACCUCUUCAUUGAAAUUGUUGAACGUGUCACACCCUUCACUCAGAAGAAACUUACAUUCUGGAGACAACCCAUUGAGCCAGGCCUGCGUGUUGCUAUCAUUCUAUGUUUCCUUGCCACGGGUGACUUAUAUAAGAGUGUGCACUACUCAUUCCGAGUAGCCCAGAACACCAUUAGCUACAUUGUACCAGAGACCAGCAGGGCCAUUGUUGCUGCAUACGGAGAUGAGGAACUGAAGGUGCCACAAACACCUGAGGCUUGGAAGGAGGUUGCUUGGUGGUUUGAGGAACAGUGGAACUUCCCUCACGUAGAGCUGUAG